GGGUGCGCGCGCAGCCCGCGACAGGUCUGGAAGUGCAAGGAGGAGGCAGGACAACGCUGCCGGAGCGGGGAAUGAUGGCGGUGAGCACGAAGAAGGGACAAGUUUGACUACUACAAAAACUAGGGGAAUUGUGGGCGAGAUUUCGGCGCCUAACACGAUGAAGCAAGCAAGAGAUGACUUCCCUGCGAGUGUUUAGUUGAGGCGACAGUGCUCAGAAGAAGCCCCGCCGGACCCAUGGGCACCGCUUGCGUGAAGUAGAAAGAAAAUAGUUCACCAAGAAGCGGCAGCACUCUCUUCAACACCGGCUUUUUUUUAAUUGGGCUGCAGUCACAAACAAACACCAAAAUGAUCAAAGCGGAAAGCAAAGGAGGCGAGAGGACCCUGAGGAGCGCGUCCCCUCACAGAAAUGCAUACAAGUCUGACUUCCACGCCAUUAAGUGCUCCUUUGAUGGGCCAAAAUCCGAGGGCGCCGCCAAAUCAUAUGCUAAUGGAUCCAGUGACACCCGGGAGGACUCGAGGGGAAGGCCUUUUGGCACCAGAGUCAAUAAGAUAAAGAACAUAUUCCUACAGAUGGAUGGUCAGCAACAGGAAAUCCAAGAGGGGAAAGUGGCUGUAAAGCCAGAUGUGCCCCAGGUGUCCCCAACAAAGGCGCAGUUCCAAGUCGGCACCCACAGAGCAACAAGCCCAGAAUCACAGAAUUUAGAUAAAACACCCAAGGGGGAAGAUGUUGAGAUUGACAAAGUGGCUUUGGCAGAGAAGUUUUCAGUGACCAGAAAACUCUUUGAACGAGGCAUCAAAGAGCAGCCUGCAGCUGAAAAGCAGUCUCCGAACAGAGUAGUAACUCGUUUGUCCCUUGGCAGUGCCUCUGAUGAAGGCAAAAGCACAAGGCGAGUCUCUGGAUCUUCUGAGACCACUAUCAAGUCAGAGCAAACUCCUACACCAACAUUAGAAUGUCGAUCGGAUGAGAAGGCUGAUGGUGAGAAAAGGCAUUCAUCUAGAGUUUCACUAAAUGCAGGACCCAUGUCUAAAAGGUUGGGGAAUUAUAUGACAGAGAAUGACUCAGAAGACAACAGCACAGCUGCUGCAAAAGGAGAAGUGGUGCCUGCUAAACAACACAGUAUCACUGAAGACUUACUGCCUACCUCUCCAACUAGGGACAGCUUACACAAAUCUACUACCCCUGUUAAAGAAGCCACUAACUCUACACCUGUGACCACUAACAAAAAUGCAUCCCAGACAGCAUCUGUCAUUAACAAACCAGCGUCCUUGGCAUCUAAACCCACAUUCCCAGUUACAAAUGCAGCGUACAAAUCUGUUUCUCCAACAACUGAUGCCACUCAUAAACUCGUCUCACCAGAGCAAACAAGCCCAGUCAGCCAAGGCUACAAACGCACCUCAUUAUCCGGUGAUGGAUUUAGUAGGGCAUCUGUUGGUGGGGAUGAAGGCAAGCCACAUAGUCCAACCCCAAGGGAUGUGAAGCAGCCUCCUCCAUCAGCUGGUGGAUUUCAGAGCAGGGCUAAAUACCCUGAAAAGGCCAGGAGUCCUGACAGUGUGGUACAAAGUCCAACCAUGGACAAGCCACCCAGCCAGACCUCCUCACUGGACUCCAGGGGGGUGGGCAUGGUACGAGCAGAACUGGUAGUGGUUCAGAAUGAGUCAUCAGAGAGCGAGGAGAAUGAGGAUGAGAAUGUUGAGGAUAAUGUGUUUGAGAAGCUGAAGGUGCAAAGUUCCAAAGAUCUAACUACAGAACUAAAAAGAACCUUUCUACCAGAAAAGCUGAACUGUAACCCAGCUCAUCAUGUCGCAAAAGAUGCACAAAGGAUAGCAGAGACUCUGGGUGAAGGUAGAGUCUUGGAAGACAAUGAUCAAUUUGGAGUAAAAGAGGCAAAAGGGGGAGAGAGUUUAGUUAGUCAAGAUGGUGACACUAAUCGUGAGGAAGAUGAUGAGGCAGUGGAGGAGGAGAGUGAGCUGGAGGAGCAGGUGGGCCAGGGCAUCCUGGAUGGAGCCUCACCAGUAAUUUAUGGUAUUGAGAACGCAGCAUUUGUGGAUGACAGAGAUGUAGACCAGGUCCUCAGGGAAGAGGAGGAGGAAGAGGUGGAGGAGGAGGAAGAAGUAGAAGAGGAGGAGGAAGAUCAAAUGUAUAGAGAGUAUGAUGACUGUUACGAGGCCCCUGGUCUUUCGGAUGAGGAGGAGCCUCCCCUAAAGAGAAAAAUCAAGUUCUCCACAGACCCCAUUCUGGUCUUCAGUACCUUCUCCAAUGAGGAUUAUGAUCGGCGCAACGAUGAUGUGGAUCCAGUUGCAGCAUCUGCAGAGUAUGAGCUGGAGAAGAGAGUAGAGAAGAUGGAUGUGUUCCCUGUGGAGAUUGAGAAAGGAGACAAUGGACUUGGCAUCAGUAUCAUAGGAAUGGGAGUGGGGGCUGACCAGGGUCUGGAGAAGCUUGGCAUUUUUGUGAAAACUAUAACAGAACGAGGAGCAGCUGAGAGCGAUGGACGCAUACAGGUGAAUGACCAGAUAGUGGAGGUGGAUGGCAUCAGUCUGGUGGGAGUCACCCAACUGUUUGCUGCUACAGUCCUGAAGAACACAAAAGGCACAGUGAGGUUUCUCAUUGGACGGGAGAAGCCAGGGACUCAGAGCGAGGUGGCUCGCCUCAUAAGCGAGACACUAGAGCAGGAGAAGAACCAGCAGCAACAGCAACAUCACUUGGAUGACCACUAUGAACACUCUACAGAGGAGGAAGAGCGCUAUGAGGAGGAGGACGCAGUAGAUGAGAGGAUUCUGGGCUCCAAUUUCUCUCCAGGGCAAAACGCAGAGGUGUUUGAGCUGCCUGAUUCAGAGGCGUUGUUUCUGCCAAGCAGUAUGGACAGCUCUCAAAUGGCCUUCAAGUUCAAAGAGCUGCAGCUCAAACACAGCAUUGCAACAGCUGAAAUAAAUCAACUAAAGGAAAAGCUAAGGGCAUCUGAGGAGGAUAGAUCAUUGUGGGAAGCCAGGGAAUCCGCACUGGAGCAAAAGAUGGAGGAUAACAACAACAAAAUCUUGAAGCUGGAGAGUUACUGGCUAGAGGCCCAGGACCUGUGUAAGGGUGUGAAUGAACAAUUAGCUGAGACUCAGACUCAGUAUGAGACUCUGGACAAGAAGUACAACAAGGCCAAGAAACUGCUCAAGGACUACCAACAGAAAGAGAUAGACUUUGUGAAGAGGGAGGAGGAGCUGAAAAAAAUUCUAGAUGAAAAAGACAAGUGGUACAAGGAGCAGCUGGAGAGCUUGCAGAACAGGAUAACGGUCCUGGAGUCUAGAGGGGCCUCAGUUGUGGAGAGUCAGUGUGGUCAAGAAUCAGCAGCAGACAAGAGAUUAAGUAGCCAAGACUCAACCAACGCACAAUCCGUUGACUCACUACUAGGACAAGAUUGGGGCGAGUUGGUCCCUGAGACUGAGCGUUUGGACACCAGUGCACACAAAGCAAAAGGCCUGCUCGCUCAGAAGGCCAAGCGUCAGCCUCCGUCACGCAACAAACUGAAGGAGAACCUCGCUGUGACUUCAAGUCACUCUCAGGAAACUGAAGAAGAAGAGGAUCAGGAGGAGCAGGAAUCCCCCAGGAGGAGGAGGUCCAUCCAAGAAAGCCUGUCCCUCCCAGUGCCUGUCUGCUAUCCUGGGAAUGGACAAAAAGAUGAUUCGGGAGAGACUAGAGAUGGAUCUCGGAGAACGGCAGAGCUUUCAAGCAGCCCAUCUUUGUCACCAUCACUGGGAGACAGUGUGGAGAGCAGCGGAAGUCCGUCUUUGUCUUCUCCAAAAGAAGCCGCGUCACCACAUUCCCCCUCUGGAUUCAUGCGCAAUGUCAAGAAGAGGGAGUCCAAAGGCAAGGGCAAAGAGCUCAAAGAGGAGCUAAGUGAGGCCUCAUCAGCAGGAAAACCUAAAAGACGAUUUCCAGACUUUGGAGGUCUUCGGAAGUCAGGUGGCAAAGGAAAAAAACAUGACAAGGAGGCGAUGAGAGCAUCUUUGGACAGCAGGGGAUCAGCAGAGUUACUGGAAGAGUCUGGAGGGAACCUGUCUCCUGCAGAUUCAAUGACCUCCAUCCCUACCUGCAUGCCCUUCUCAUGGUUUGGAGACAAAGAGAGGGACAGAGAUAGAGAGCCCUCAUCCUCCAGCAGCAGCCUGCCGUAUGUUGCAACUGAGACCAGCAGUGAGCAAAGCCAGGAUCGAAAGAAUAAGACUUUGGAUGAUGAGCCAGUAGCUACAGGAAAAGAGUAUCAGUGGCAGAACCGGCCUGUCUCUGAAUGGACCAAUCAGCAGGUCUGUCACUGGUUGAUGGGCAUGAAUAUGGACCAGUACACACCUGAAUUCACAGCCAGGGGAGUGGAUGGCCAGCAGCUCUUGAAUUUGGACAGUGAUAAGUUGAAGGCACUUGGUGUUUCAAGUCAGAGCGACCGUUCAACCAUCAAGAAGAAGCUAAAGGAGCUGCGUAAGGCUCAGGAGAAACUGGAGAAACAAAGAGAGAAAAAAGAGAAGGAGGUUCGACGCAGCGGGAGACUUCCAGUCAGUAACGACUCUGUCUGCUGAGCCAGUAGCUCUCCAAGUCCAUCACAGCAGAACUAUGACCAACACUUUUUUAUACUUUUGGUGCCAUGACGUCAACGCCACGUGUUGUUAAUGCCAACAACCAGUGAACAUGACUGACAGGGGUGAACCUUUGCUGACUGAGGUGCCAGUUACGACUUCUGAAAAAAACUGCAGCAUCCUGUUUGUCUUCGCAUUACUGUUUCUUUUGAAUAUUUUAACAUAUUUUCAGCUCAAACCAUUUUAACUGAAAGAUGGGGAAUGUCAAAAAACAAACAAAAACGUUGGGUUUAUGACCAAAAAGGAAUCUUAACAUUUUGUACCACUAAAAAGCUAAAAGCUAUUAUAAUUAAUAUUAUAUUAUUAUUAUUAUUAUUAUAAAAAGCCUGAUUUCAGAUCUAAUGUAGUCAUCGCAGAUCAUGCACAUAUUUACCAAUGGAAGUCAAAUGUAUACUGCUUUUCAGCAUUUUAUAUUUUGCUAGUAUAACUUGCCUGUUCUUUACAGGAACAGUUACUGUACAGUUCAGAUAAAAGCACUAUAUUUGUCUUUUAAGCUUCAAUGGGCGACAAGGUUUUAAAUGUAUAAAUGAAUUUUAUACAUGUGCCUAAUAACUGCAUAUCUUUUUUUUUUUUUACUUAAAUACCAUUUUAUACUAUCUAAAUUUUUCUACUAAGUAGAAUAGCUCGGCCGUCAUUUUUGCUGAAUGAAAAAGCAACAAACAAAUCAAGUAGGGACAUGGUGAAUGCUGCUUCUGCUGGCCCUGAUUCUGGCUGUGUGUUGCUGAGAUGGUACCAUGAUGCUCCAUGUAAAUACACACACAGCAUGCAGGUCUGCUACACGUGCACCUCACCGGUCCAUUAGACGGUCAGAUGUGCCUAUGACAAGGACCUGUGUGAGUCUGGAGCACAGCGUCGUGUCUGAAUGUGAGGCUGAACGACGAGUCGUUGGCAGCCAAACCGAAGUGCUUCCUUUUCUUCUUCCCACGCAUGACUCCAUGUUCUGUAUAGAAUACAACAUGUUGGACUGCAACAAAAUCAUGUUUUCCACAUCUCCUGAAUCAGAGAAACAUGUCUUGGUACAUACAACAUCAAUAAACUAAUUUUCACUUUA